AUGGUUGGAACUCUCGUGCUUACGCGUCACGGUCAAUCCGAGUGGAACAAGCUCAACCUGUUCACUGGUUGGAAGGACCCUGCCCUCACUGAGCUCGGUCGCGAGGAAGCGCUCACUGGCGCCAAGCGCGUCGCUGCCACGGGUAUCAAGUUCGACGUUGCCUUCACCUCGGCCCUGCAGCGUGCUCAGACGACGCUCGCAAUCCAGCUCAAGGAGUUGGGCCAGGAGGGCAUCCCGAUCCACAAGGACCAGGCGCUCAACGAGCGUGACUACGGCGAGCUCAGCGGUCUCAACAAGGACGACGCCAGGAAGAAGUGGGGCGAGGACCAGGUGCACAUCUGGCGCAGGAGCUACGACAUCCCCCCUCCCGGCGGCGAGAGUCUCAAGCUCACCGCUGAGCGCGUCUGGCCUUACUACCACAAGGAGAUCCUGCCUCUCGUCAAGCAGGGCAAGAACGUCAUCGUUGCUGCCCAUGGCAACUCGCUGCGUGCCAUGAUCAAGGACAUCGAGAACAUCUCCGACGACGACAUCGUCGGCCUCGAACUCGCUACCGGCGUCCCCAUCCUGUACAAGCUCGACUCGGAAGGCAAGGUCGUCUCCAAGGAGGUUCUCCAGGGAUAA